AGAGAGAGAGAGAGAAAGAGAAAUAGAGAAAGUGACAGAGAGAGUUACAGAAAGAUAGAGAGAGAGAGAGAGAGAGAGAGAGAGAAAAUCCUCUAAUCCACGACCAUCAGCCACUAUUGUGAACACUGGUCUUCUUCACGACUGGAACAUCCUCGCCUGCUUUCUGCGAUGUCUGUUUUCAGUCAGAAGUCGAAGCCUGUCAGAAGGAGUCAGGAGAUGAGUGCCAGUCAGAACAACGUUGACAGCAGCAGGAAGAAGACCAGUCUGCUGAAAGACAACAGCUGGAUCAGAAGCAGCAUGGAGGAGGAGGAGGAGCAAGUGGACCUGCAGUCGGAGGUGGGCCAGCCCAUCCCUGCCAGACCGUCCCUGCCAGCCCAUCCCUGCCAGCCCGUCCCUGCCAGCCCCAGCACCCCAGUCAACCAUCUGACCAAGAGCCCUCCACUUCCUCCGAAGACCAAGACUGUUUUAAGCACCACCUCAAAGAGCAUGAACGAUCCCAAGACAGCCAUGAGUCCUGGGAGCACCUCUCCAAAGUCCCUAAACUCCCCAAAGUCCCUAAACUCCCCCACAAUCUCAUCGCUGAAGAGCCCAUCCAUCCAUCGCUGA